ACAAACAUUUGCGCUUCUCUCGAGGACUUCUAUCCACCACUCGUUGCUAUCAAGUUGUGAAACAGUUCUUCAAUGCGGUCAUGUGACACUUUCAGGACUUUCUUAAGCAACAAAUCACAUUUAAACUUCUUGUUUCUAUGUGUGCAAGUAAAUACUCAGCGACCACUGUAAAGCGAUUAGGUAACAAUGUAUCUUAGUUACUUUCAUAUACCCAUUUCAAAAGCGAAUGAUAGUGGAUGUAUAACGGGCUGGGCGUAUAUGUUAAGAAGAUCACGCGGUGGGACUAACCCAUGAGACUCUCAAAGCCCAGGCAUGAACCAGGGGAGCGGUGCUUGUUUGUGGACCCCAGUGCCGCAGCACUGCCCUGCACCAUGUGACCGUUACAAGCAUGCUUCUUGUGCCCACAGAGGACAUGUUUACUUACUAGGUGGUCGAGAAAAAUGCUCACUGAGAGAUUUCUGGAAAUAUAAUGUGGUCUGUAAUGAGUGGGCCGAGCUUCCUUGCAAUAGUGAAGAAGCACCUGAAGAACUGGAGGAGCACACCAUGGUAGCACAUCAGGAAUUUCUCUAUGUCUUCGGAGGAAUGCAAGAUUCAUCGUAUACUAACUCAAAAAUUCCUCUUUGGGUGUUUGAUAUAGGUAUUUUUAUUGCAUAUUCAGUGGGGGCCACGAGAAAAUUAAUAAAUUCAUUCAUGGAGAUUUUGUUUUACCACACAGCAAUAUGUCACUUUGUUAUUCACCUCUUCAGUUUUAUAUUCUUUGCAGUUAAAGAAUGCUGGAUUAACUGGAAAACAGGAACUUUAUGGGGAGUGACACCAGCAAACAGAAAAGGGCACAGUGCUGUCAUCUUUGGGUCAUCUAUGUAUGUCUAUGGGGGAUACAUUGAUAUAAGAGGAUCAACAAAAGAAUUCUGGAAAUUUGAUUUUGAUUCCAGGAUGUGGUCGCUACUGAGCAGUGCACAAGGCGGGCCUGGUCCCAGACAUGGUCACUCAGCUAUGACAUUCCAGGACUGUAUGUACCUCUUUGGUGGCUUGCAGGGCCUGAGGGAACAGAAGGACCUGUGGAGCUGGAGUUCUGCCAGUCAAACCUGGAGCAGCAUCAAAUUCCAUUCAGGUCCCUCCAGGCUGGUUGGUCACUCUGCUGUAUUGUUCAAAGACAGCAUGCUCAUCUUUGGUGGAGGGGAAACCCAGAGUUCCCCUCAGAACAGCAUGUGGAGGUUCAACUUGACAACACAGACCUGGAAGAAGCUAGCAUUGUUGCCUGGAUCUGCCUCUCUGUGCCGGAUCCAUCACUGCAGCAUUGGCCUGGGCCAGAGUUUCCAGCCAACAGCACAAAACGGCGUCUUUUUCAGGGAAAUACCCAACUCUUACAGCAUCAAUAACAAGCUAAGACUAUUUAAGAACAAGUGCCAACCGUCCCACAGCACAAUGCAAGAGCCCUGUAUUGAGCUCCAGACUUUCCACAUGGACAAUAAGAAGUGUUUACCAGAUUUGAGUACUACACUGAAAGACACUAAGCUAAAAGGAAGCUGUCUCACCUUUGAGAAUCAGGAGGCUGUUCAUAAGAAGCGGAGUAGUGGUGACCUGACAGACGAAAACGAGGACGCCAUGUUUCUCCAUAUGCCUGACUUGCUGUUAGUCCUGGGUGGUAAACCUCUACAAGGACAGCAUAUGAUUUCAGUGUGGCAUAUGACAGUGGCAUAAAUCUGGUGUUUUCAGUGCAUUCUACUUUCUCUGUGAGAAAUGAAAGAGGCUUAGCAACAAUACCCAUAUCCUUGUGGGAGAACGUUUGCAUUAAAAUCGAAUUCAAUCAUGUACAAACUC